AAUAUCAGAAAAUGCAAAACCCAGUGUACAACAGCUACGUGAAGCUCCUCGCAUUCGAUCUUCUCUCUCUCACCCAAACCCCUUCUUCUUCUUCUUCUUCUUCUUCGGUUUCGGAACCUACGUUCUCCCGCAGAGGCAUCCCUCUCUCUCGUGCAGAGACACUUGGGACUGUUACAUUCCGUGACCACAAGCCACAUAAGUUCCUCCGCUUUCUCAUCGACGACGGCACCGCCUCCGUCCCCUGCAUCCUCUGGCUCAACCACAUGACUUCACCCUACCUUGCUCGCCGCCGCCGCCCCGACGACCUCCGCCUCAUUGCAGAUUCGUCCGCCAGGUUUGCCGCCGAGGUUAGGGUUGGGGUGGUGGCGAGGGCGAGGGGCAGGAUCGGGUGCUACAACGGGAAGGUGCAGCUCACGGUUUCCGAUGUUGUGGUUGAGAGGGAUCCCAAUGCUGAGAUACUCCACUGGCUCGACUGUAUCAACCUUGCUCGUAACUGCUACAACGUUUUGCCUGGGCCCGGCCCGUCUUCUGCAUGCAAGGAGAAUCAAGCAGAAUGACGCACCGCAGCAUAGUUCUUAACUUGUUAUCACUGAACUAUUUUUUAAGGUGGGGUUUAAUGUAAAGAGGUGAAUGACUGAAUGAGAAUAUAAUUGUUACAAUACUAAGAGUGCAUUAGAAUUUGGGUUCAUUUUCUACAUUAUUAUA